UUGUGAUCGUUGAUUCUUUGCCAGGGUUUUAUCCUUCUCGCGAGCGAUGGCGCUCUCCAUGGCGGUGGCGCUGCCUUGCGCGAGCAGGCGCCAGAGAAUCCCCGACGCUCCUUCGUGUUCUUCGCGUUCCAGGAUUGUUGCGGUGGUCCAGGGCAGGAGUAGGAUUGGCAUUCCCUCGCAAUGGACGCGAUCCAGCAGCGGCGGCAGCAGCACUAGCUGCAUUGGAGCAGCAUUGACAUCGUUUAGUGGAAGAACUUGCCUGGAUUCCGGCAUCUAUGUCGAUGCGUCGAUCGGUUGCCGGAAUUUCGGCAUUGGCAUUGGCAAUGGCUCGCGAUUCUUUGCCAUGCGGCACGGCCGCAAGGUCCCCAAGCUCAACCGGCCCCCGGACCAGCGCCGCGCGCUUCUCCGCGGCCUCGCCACGCAGCUCCUCCGGCACGGCAGGAUCAAGACGACGCGCGCCAGGGCCAAGGCGAUGCGCCCCCACGUCGAUCACAUGAUCACGCUGGCCAAGGGAGGAUCGCUCCACCAGCGAAGACAAGCUCUGGGCUACAUCUAUGACAAGCAGCUGGUUCACGCCUUGUUUGCCGAGGUCCCGGAGCGCUACUCAGAGAGAAGUGGAGGAUACACCAGGGUGAUCAGGACAAUGCCCCGGAGAGGCGACAAUGCUCCCAUGGCUUACAUUGAGCUCGUGUAGGAGACGAAUCUGGGAAGGAGGUCCCGGGUUCGAUUCCUCCGGCUCACUCGUAUCCACCACUCGUGUAUUUCAUUUUUUUUUCUUCUUGAUGACUGGGAGUUU